UUGAUUUUGGAAGUAAAUAGCUUACAAAUAUCCUUAAGUCAUUUUGGAAUCAAAUGACUUAAAAAGCUUUUUCCGUUACCCACAUUGUUUUUUGUUUUUUUUUUUUGUCUUUAUCUUUCUUGGAUAUAGUUAUUGACAUGUAGAGUGUAGAUGAUGCUGGGAAUGAAGAAGACCUCUCCGGCCAUUGCUUCUGCAAUGUCUAAUCUCGCUCCUGGCCUCAUCUUCAUCGUUGCAGUCUGCCUCAGGUACGCAUUCUUACACACUUACAUCCGAAAGCACUUGGCUUGCAUUUGUCAUGUUGCUGCAUCAAUAGUUUCAGUGCCUUGCAGGUUGGAGAAGUUUGAAGUAGAAUACUGGUACAGUAGAGCCAAAGUUGGGGAAACAUUUGUAUGCUUUAGUGGUUCUGUAGCAAUGAGCUGCUUCCGCAGCAAUUCCAAUUCUCCCAACUUAAAAAGCAAGGAGCCAAAAUUAUUGAUGAAGCACUUGGACAAGGACACUUACAGCGAUUGGAUCUUAGGCUGCUUCUAUCUCUUAGCAGCAGUAGUUUUGCAAUUGCAGGUAAUUAGCUUCCAAAUCAAACUGUACUAUUGGCGCUCUUCACUGUGAACACACAAGGAUUUUGUUUUAUGUCAACAAACAUGUGAAAACACAAUG